AUGUUGAAGAGAUUCGCCAACCACGAAUUAGGAGAAUCAGCUAGCCGUCGUGUUAGUUAUCAUAGUAAAGCAGAUUAUGCUAAAUCUUCACGAGCAAUGUGUCACGGAUGUGAUGAAAAGAUCGAACACAAUCAAUUACGGAUAGCAUUGAUGUUACAAGACGAAGAAGGCUACAAGAGUACCGCUUGGAAUCAUUUCGACUGUUUUUGGAAACAUCCUGAAACACGGAAAUUGGAAGGAGCUCGUGAAAUUUAUGAUUUCGACACACUUAAACGAGCUGAUCAACAACGAAUAGUGAAAGCAUUUGAAGAACUCAAUGCAAGAAACGCUGCGGCAACAAAGCAACGGAAAAAUCGUCAAGAAACAAAGAAAAAGAAAGUUAAACGCAUCCAAUAA